CUAUAGCUCCCUCUUAUAUAAAGACCAAUAUAAUCAUCAUCAACAACACAGUUUCUUUUUCUUCUUCUUCAACAUAUUUUUUCCCAUCAUCUUAGUUGUGCUGCUGCUGGCUCCACUCACACAUCUUCUAUAAAACCACCCUCCUUACAAUUACAAGAAUCUCUUAAGGAUUGAAAUAACAAGCAAGACCAUGAGCAGGAGGAAUGGAAAUGGUCCAAAACUUGACUUGAAGUUGAAUUUAUCUCCACCAAGGCACCAGCAGCAGCAGUACAUUAACCAACAUCCAAUGCUGGAGUCACCAAACAGGUCAUUGACAGCAUCACCAACAUCUCCACCAAGCUCAUGUGUGUCUUCAGACGAUUCGUCGGGCGGUCAACGCUAUGCCAACAGCCCAGAAACAGCAACAUCUAUGGUUCUUGUGGGCUGUCCAAGGUGCCUUAUGUAUGUCAUGCUAGCUGAAGCUGAUCCAAGAUGCCCCAAAUGCAAGAGCACUUGUUUGCUUGAUGUAAUCUAUGAGACCAACACUACUACUACUAGGAGGAAAAUUUAAUUACUACUCCCUAGGUUUCAAGAAUCCCAUCAACAACAACCAAAAAACAUCCCCUAUUCCCCUGUUAUUUUAGUUUCUAUAAAUAGCACUACUUGAGCUCCAUUUUUGACUUGAAAAUUUAGCCAUGAUGAAAAGGUAUAAAUGGGAAUUUGGAGCUUAAAUAGUGCUAUUUAUUUGGUUCUUGCGUUAGUUUUUAAACAAUUUCAAGGUUUCGGUUAUGUUUGUUAUUACUCCCUUUUUAUAGUGCUAGUUGUGGGGUUAGUCGGUUUAA